AUGGAGGAUGAAAUGUAUGCAUUAAGGGAAAAUGACACAUUUGAACUUACCACAAAGCCUGAAAAUAGAAAUACAGCGGGGGGAAGAUGGGUUUCUGCCAUUAAAACUGGCCCGAAUGGGGAAGAAAAGUACAAAGCCCGCUUUGUAGCCAAGGGAUAUUCGCAAAUACCAGGUGUUGAUUAUCAUGAAACCUUCUCACCCACUGCAAGAAUGACAUCUAUUAGGAUCCUAAUGCAAUUAGCGAUGCAAUACAAUCUGACAAUACAUCAAAUGGAUGUAAAAACAGCAUAUCUGAAUGCACCAAUUGACUGUGAGUUAUAUGUUGAACAACCUGAAGGUUUUACUAUGACAGGAAAAGAUGGCGAGUAUCUUGUUUACAAACUUAGAAAAUCUUUAUACGGACUGAAGCAAAGUGGUCGAAAUUGGAAUAGUGUGCUACAUUCCCAUUUAGUUAGUGAGGGCUUUAUUCAGUCACAAUCAGAUAGUUGUGUUUACACCAAAAUUUCAGGUAAGUCGAUGACCAUUGUGAUAAUUUGGGUGGAUGAUAUAAUUAUUGCAUCAAAUUGCACAGUUACGCUAACGAAUGUGAAAGGUAAUCUAAGUAAGAGAUUUCAAAUGAAAGAUAUGGGAAAAUUAUCAUGGUUUUAA